GCUACCUGCCCCGUCACGGCGAGCCGUCACGCGGCGAACGAUAAAAAACACCGCGGGGCCUCCACACGAGACGAACGCGAAGAAAAGCUUUUGGAGAUAUUUCGAAAGAGGAGUGCCUGCCUGACAGCUUGUUCGUGGAGGGCGCGAGGUCCUUUGGUGGUGAUUUGCGCGCAUGGGGGAUCAUGUCGCGGUGGAUGUUGGGGAGCUCGUCGCGUCCCUAGCCGACGAGGCGGCGGGGUUGGUGCCCGGCAAGGAGGAAGCGGAGCCGCUGAUUGGGAUGGUGGAGUGUCGCAUUUGCCAGGAGGAGGACCUGGCCAAGAACCUCGAGAGCCCCUGCGCUUGCCGCGGCAGCCUCAAGUACACUCACAGAGAAUGUGUGCAACGUUGGUGCAAUGAGAAAGGAGACAUAACCUGUGAAAUCUGCCAUGAGUUGUACAAGCCUGGUUACACUGCCCCACCCCAGGUACAUCACGACGAAACUACCAUAGAGAUAAGUGGUGGAGAUUGGACCAUCUCUGGCAAUCAUUUGGAUUUACAUGACCCUAGAAUCUUGGCGAUGGCUGCUGCUCAACACCGUUUAGUUGAAGAUGAGUAUGAUGAAUAUACUGCUACAAACAAUAACACUGCUGCCUUUUGCCGUUCCAUAUUUCUGAUUUUAAUGGCUCUUCUGCUCCUGAGGCAUACACUGACCAUUACUAAUAGUGACGAUGAAGAUGACGCAUCUGCUAUUUUCUCGCUAUUUCUUUUGAGGGCAGCUGGGUUUCUGCUGCCGUGCUACAUCAUGGCCUGGGCUAUUAGUAUCAUGCAGCGUCAAAGACAAAGACAGGAAGAAGCAAUGCUAUUACCAACAGAAGUGGCGAUCAUUCUGCACCGGAAUGGAAGAACAACACAAUUUGCGGUAGCGCCACCGGAACCUCCUACCUCACCUCAUCCCGAACCAAACCAAUAGAAAACAUCAGCAACAGGCCCCUCCCGUCUGUGCUUACCAGAUGCAUUGAGCCUUCAGCAUCUGUGGUUAAGGUCUCCGAGUACAUUGUGCAAGCCUGUUGCCUCGGCCACUUUGAAUGGCCAUGCUGCAGCAAAAAUGCUGUGCCCUUCUUUGAAUUGUAUAAACUUUGAGUCUGGGAUUCAAUGUUUCUUUGGCUGGCUCUCAGCAUCUUCUGUACAUAAAGACAUUUCUUUUAAUAAACGAAUAUAAGUUAAAUGAACAGAAAGUUUGAGUUGC